AUGGAACAGCAGACGUUUGGAGGGUGGGAGGUGCCGGAAGAGGUGGUGGCGGUCAUCUUCGGCUUUUUGCCGUGGCGCACGUGUCUCUCCCUACGCACCGUCUGCCAGAGGUGGCGGCGGCUGAGUGACGACGACAGCUUGUGGCGGGGCAUGGUAGCGCGAGAAUACGGAGAGGACGCGGCCAUGUUGAAGCCUCGCCACAACCAGCACCAGGGGUGGCGAGACUACUUCAUACGCCGCAAGACCACCGAGGUGGAGGUGGUGCUGCGGGGCCAGGCGUGGAGCCGGUACCACGAGGUGGUGGUGCGGGUGCCACGGCUCGGCACGGUCGACGCAGUCCGGGUGGCCGCCGAGGCCGCUGUGCGGUCUCGCGGGGGCGGCGCGGUGAAUGCCGACACGGCGAGCCUCCGCUUCUCGCUCCGGCACGCCGGCCCCGGAGCCGCACAGCUCGACCCCGCCCGCUCGCUCAUCUCUGUGGGCAUCCUCCGCAAUGGCCACCCACUUGUGUUCGACGCCACCAGCGCCACACGAUUCACGCCCAACGUUUGA